CGGGCUCGAUGGGCUGCGGGGGAAGCAGAUCCGCCACAAUUGAGCCCCGGUAUUACGAGAGCAGAGACACCGAGUCUACGUGGCUCACUAACACGGACACGGAACGGACAGCCGCCGGUAACGGAACCGGCGAGAGCGCGGGCGCGGGCACGAGCGACAAUGACAAUACAACAGCGGCUGCCGGUGCAGGUCAGAGGGAAGAGAAGGCUGUGACGGUGAGCAGAAACUCCUCAGUGAAGGAGAAGCGGCUGGUGAACGCCGGCACACAGUGCAGCAGAAACACCACCAACAGCCAGAGGAGACCCGCACACAGAGACGCAGAGGUUAAGAGUAAAUCUAAGAAAAUCCCUGACGCUGACGGGGUUAAACGUGUCUGUCCGGCUGUAAACACUGAAGCCGUAUCCUGACUGAGAGUCUGGAGCCACUAAUGAAGGAGUUUGGUCAUAAUUAAAUGCAUCUGAUUUAACUGCAUGAGCGCUGGAGCGGAUCCUGACCCUGAUAUGCUGCAACACAAGCCUUCACAGAGCUGCGUCUCUCUUUCUGAAGUAUUCUAGAUGAUAUUUAUUCAUUUGUUUACUAUUUGUUGUUUUAUGUAUCGGUUAAUGUGAUUUCCAUCGGUAUUGUUCUAGUGCCUAAUAGUGUCAGCACGAUAGUGGAAUUCGGUACUAAUCGAUACUUAUAUUUUAAAA